AUGCCUAGAUUCAUCAAAUUCCAGAUCGAUUGGCCCAUCCACGCCAAGCUCAAUAACGACAUUCUAGAUCAGAGUGCUCACGGAAAGAAUGAAACACCAAAGGAUUGCACCUGUGAUCUCUGCUACGAGCAGUUCUUCAUUACAUCAGUCGAUGAAAAUGAUGCGGCGGACUCGUCAUCAAACGUCCCCAUCAGCAGAAUCAUCCUAGCGCCAUCGCAGCCCUGCGAUAAUAGCUCCAAGGAAAUCGAGGAUCGCAGGGAGAUCCCCGAAGUUGUCGGCUGUAAGUGCAGAGAUUGCCGCUGCAACAUCCAACAAUUCCAGUUGUUUUGGAAAGAACAUCAAGCGUUGGUCAAGAAACAUUCAAAGCUCAUGGAUGAUUUGUGCUCCACUCUCAAACUUUCACAGCAAUUGGAGGAUCUUCAAUAUUUCAAAGAGCGAUAUGAUCAGUUCCGCAAGAGACUCAGUGACGCGGGGAUUCAUCCCAGAUAUAAAAAAUGCGGAAAUGUCGAUUUCGUGUCACUUGUAUCAAGCAAAGGAUGGUGCUUCUCAAAUUCCGAAUGCCGGAUCAAGCGAAGGGAGCAGGGCGCAAGAUUGUUGUGUGCGAGGACUUUCUGA